CAACAAGCCAAUUGAUUGACAACCUCUCCCUUCUCAGGUGCUGCUGCUGUCUUUCUGCCUGAUCCUCUCUCCUAACCUGUUCCCUUUCGGAGGGCAGGAGCGCCAGGCGGAGCUGCAGAGAGUGCUGUCCCGCCGCCUGCGCGAGUACCAGAGCGGUGCCAUGCAGGAGCUGGUCAGCGAUGGCCCCCAGACCACUAUGGCACCGCCCAGCGCCGCUUUGCAGACCUUGGAAGAGGAGGCGCUGCGCCCCCCAGAAGCCCUGCUGCAGGCCAAGGAAGGGCCCCUCCUCAACCAGUCCCUGGGAGACCCCCGGAGCCCCCCACCGCCCAACCAGGACCCCUCCGAUUACGACAGCAGCAGCAGCAACUCCUCCUCCGCUUCCCCGGCUUCCCCCACCCCUGCUCUCCAAGGGGAGCCCCCAAAGAAGGAGGGGUCUCCCCCCGGGACCCCCCUCGGCCAGGAGCGCAGCUGGGUGGGUCGCACCACCAGCGUGGUCAUCCAGCCGCGGCACUCGGACGAGAUGUGACAGGCGGGCGCUUGGGCAGCAAAGCUUGGACGCUUCCGGAGGGUGGUCAGGAGUGGACUGCAUCCCCCCCCCCGAUUUGGGAAUGGGGGGGUCUUUUCUCCUCUGGCGAGCGUUGUGUGGGGUGGUCAGGACUUGGAGGAAUUGCCUCCCUGUUUGGGAAUGGGAGGAGGGGUCUUUUCUCCUCUGGGGAGGGUUGUGUGGGGAGGCACCCAAACCCCACAGUGGAGGGAGGGCUGGCCCUUCUCUGGACCCCUCCUCCUCGUUGCCCCUUCCUCUUGGGAGCAGUUGUGGGGGUCUUUGCAGGAAGACCCAGGCCUCUCCUUGGCCCUUUCUGAGCCUCCAGAUGCAGCAGGAAUAAUGCAGACCCCGUUAUUGUGGGGAGUGCCCCCCUCGACAGGUUUGGAGAGGAGAGGAGUGGCCACCAGUCAAGCAUCGCAUUAGAGAAGGGCACCCCAAAGGUCAUCCAAUCCAACCCUCUCCUUUCUUCCAAGUAGGAAGAUGCCACCCAAGCUCUCUCGACAGAUGGCCAUCCAGUCCCUGCUUCAAUAAUAAUAAUAAUAAUAAUAAUAAUAAUAAUAAUAAUAAUAAUAAUAAUAAUACUUUAUAACCCAAUACCAUCUCCCCAAGGGGACUCAGGGCAGCUUACAUGAGGCCAAGCCCUAGAAUAAUAACAACAACACUAAAAUAGGCCUCCAGAGAAGAAAGAUUCACUGGAUAGUGGUGUAGUCCACAGUCUCACCAUCUAACAUUGAGGUGGGGUCUCUUCUCCUUGCAGUUUGGAUCCAACCAGAGGUUCCCAUGGGGUUUGGUGCACCCCCCUGUGCUUGCCACCCCAUUGGGGGGAGGAAAGAGGAGGGUCUUCUCCUUCCCUUUGGGUGGAGAGGGUUGAUGGCCCUGUCCCCCAAACCAAAGCAAGCCCAGCCAAAGAAGGGGGUCAACAGGGGAGGGGGGCUGAUGACCCCUCCCUCCAGAGUGAGGGUGUAGGGCCCCUCUUCCCUUUGGGGAGACCCUGGCGUGCAGUGGCCUAGGUGGGUUGGGGGCAGAGCCAAGCAGUGCCAUGGGGUUGGUCAUGAGCAGUAGCCCAAGAGACCCCUCCCCAACAGCGGCCCCUCCAUCCCCACAUCCAAACUUGUCCCCACCCUGCCAAAGAAGGAAGACCACCCCCACUUUGGCUCCUUCUCCUCUUCCUCCUGGGCUUUGGCUGAGCUUCCUGCCUCUUGCGCGUGGCCCCUGAGGACGGAGAGGGUCUCCCCCCUUCGGAAGGGGUCCUGCCUCUUUUGUGGUGGUCUCGCUCUUCCCUUGGCUGUUGUCACGGCAUGUGUAAAUAAACGAAACCCCUCUGU